AUGCUCCGUUGUUCCUCUCUGCACGCUGUGGCUCUGCUGCCUCUGCUGCUGUGUGCCUGCGGGUGCUUUGCGGUGGGCGCUGACCGCGGCGUGUUCGACACGAUCGGGUCAGGGGGAAGUGACCAGCAUCGUGUCUCCGUUGUGCGUACGGUGCCGAUGAAGGGAGAAAGCGGGCACCAGGCGUACAUCCUCUCCACAGGCUCUGCAGAGAGCGAUGCCGGUUGGGGGGCGCUCCGCAUUCACGUGUCUCACGAGGACCUGGACCUGAAUGUUACAAAUACUUCAACUCGGAUCUGUUUGGAGGGCCGAACUAGAACCCGGGGCUUUUCAGUAUAUAAUGUGCCGUAUUUGUGCCCGGAUCAGACAAUCGUAACGGCAGAAAAGAGGAGGGUUCUUCUGGAGGUGAUACUCCCCAAGGCAAUCAAACUACACUCCGAGCGUCUUACCGUUAAGAAUGUGGAGGGAAAGCUGAAGCUUGACGCUUUCGAUGACCCGAUCUGUAAGAUGUUCACUGUUCCCAAGGAUCACUUCAGUGAAGGUGUGACUAAUGCGGACUUCGUGCUGUAUGUGGCCGCCGCUCCGGGGCCUGUGGUGGCGAGAACGUGCUCCGUGGAUAAGACAGGCGCGACAGGCCUAGCAAGAAGGCCCACAGCCGGUGCGCUGAACUUUGACCCGGAGCGCAUCGUUGACACGCGGUACAGUGUGCGGAUUGCAGCGCACGAAAUUGCACACGCCCUCGGCUUCAAUCGGGGAGUAAUAAAGGCCGCAGAAUUAACCUCAACAUGCAAGGAAAGUGUGAAUGGGCCAACAAAAACGGGCUGCUACUUGACUGCUCCAACAACAAUGAAUGCGAUAAAGGAACACUACAACUGCAGCACAGAGCCACCUACUAACAGAACACUGCUGGAGGCGGAUGGUGACGAUGAGAGGAAUCUGCACUGGCCGCGGCGCAUUGCUAAAGACGAGUUGAUGAGCCCGUACGUUGGUGCCACUGGCGGUGCGUUCUACACGGCACUGACGAUGUCCGUAUUCCACGAUUUGGGCUAUUACCGCGCUAGAUUUGACAUGGCGGAAAAGAUGCGUUGGGGCAAUCAGUCUGGCUGUGGGUUCCUCAAUGAAAAAUGUGUGAACAAAAGUCAAUCUAAGUUUGGUGACAUGUUUUGCACCGAGAGUGAAGAAAGUGGUAAACUUCUGCGGUGCACGUCGGACCGCUUUGCACUGGGGACUUGUUCGCUGACGACUCACACUACACAUAUCCCCAGCCAGUUCAUGUACUUUGCCGACAGAUCUCGCGGUGGCCCCAAAGCCCAGCGGAUGGACUACUGCCCGAUCAUUACGCCGACCGCAGGCACCGUUUGCGAAAGUGGGGAAGUUGAACGGAUGCCGGGGAGUUUCGUGGGGCCGAUGUCACGGUGCCUGAGUGGAGAAAGCAUUGUGUUGAACACCACUGAUGGCGCCGGCACUCAGAAGAUUGGGGGUCUCUGCGCAAAGGUGACGUGCAAGAGCCGCGGCGUUGUGAAGAUCAGGUUCAAUGGCAGCGAUGUGUCAUACAUUUGUGAUCCGAAGCACGGAAACCCGAAGAUUGACCUGAAAGAGUUGCCUGCAUUCAAGAGCGGUUAUGUCUUCUGCCCGACCUACGAGGAGGUGUGCAGUGGCGCCGAGAUUGAAGAGGACCGCCCGUCACUGACGCCGGAGUACGAAUAUUAUACGGAGCCUUCAGAGUCUGAAGAGAAGCGUGAAAAGAACCCUAAAGGGAGAUGGACGCUAGACAUCGAAAAGUGGGCCGGCCGCCUCACCAGAGGCCGAGGCCAUGGCGAAGCUCACUCUGGGAGCGCACCAGUCAAGAGUGCCACGAGAGCCAUUGGGGGCAGCCACACAGCUGCAGACAUUGAAACCAUCACUCGGAGCGGGACGGCUUCUCCUAACACUCCCCAAAAGAUGAGCGUGAACAGUCGAAACAUCACAUUGCCGGACGGCAGUGUCAACCCUUCGUGGGUGCGUGUUCCCCUGCUGCUUCUGAUGGCUGUGGUUCCAGCAUACAUUGGGGCGUUCUAA